UCUUAUAGUGAAGAAAAUGCGAACACACGGCUACUGUCAGAAUUGAUUGCAAAAUGGCGAAGCAGUCGGCGGAGUGGAAGAAAAUCAUUUCGCAGCGGUUGAAGACACGAAAUAGACAUGAAUAUCAAGAAUUUUCAGAUUUAAUUGAUAUACAGAGCAAGCUAUUUGAACAAGUUGCCACACUUAAGUCCAAAAAUGUUCAGCUUACUGUUGAAACUGAAAGGUUGCGGGCAGACAAUUUGAGUUUACAAAUAAGAGCAGAUAGUGG